AUGAACGUCCAAUUCAUCAACAGCCUUGCGACUUAUGUAGAAGCCCCCAAGGGACAUACUCACGAUGAGGGAUCUAAUCAUUCGCACAGUCAUGGAGAGGAUCAUGGCCACACCCAUGAGCGCUUGGAUCACCCUGGAAAGUAUUCGGAACGCGAUUUACCGGACUACCAUGCCCGCAACUUUGAGGAGCGUGGUUUUACGGUCGGCAUCGGGGGGCCCGUCGGGUCUGGAAAGACUGCGCUCACACUUGCUUUGUGUCAACGGCUCAGGAAUGAAUAUAACAUUGCAACCGUUACAAACGACAUCUUCACCCGAGAAGAUCAGGAAUUUCUGAUCAAGAAUCGUGCGCUACCCACUAGCAGAAUUCUUGCAAUAGAAACCGGUGGAUGCCCUCACGCAGCCAUCCGUGAAGAUAUCAGCGCGAAUAUGGGCGCCCUCGAAACCCUGCAGGCCAAGUUUGAAUGUCAGCUUUUGUUCGUCGAAAGCGGCGGGGACAACCUCGCGGCAAAUUACUCUCGGGAGCUUGCAGAUUACAUUAUUUAUGUCAUCGAUGUUUCGGGCGGCGAUAAAAUUCCACGGAAAGGUGGACCUGGGAUUUCUCAGUCUGAUCUCUUAGUGAUUAAUAAGACUGACCUUGCUCCCUACGUCAACGCCUCAUUGGAAGUUAUGGAUCGGGACGCUAAAUUAAUGAGAGGCCAUGGACCGACUGUCUUUGCUAGUGUCAAAGAGGGGAAGGGUGUGGAUGAUGUUGUCGCCCUUGUAUUGGCAGCUUGGAGGACUGCUGGAAGUCCUGGGAAGGUUGGCCCAGUAGGAGAUGUUGAAUAA